CUCUGUUGAGUGACGUGUGGAUGAUGCGUUCACUUACUCCUCCCUCAUAACGCGUAAAAUAUUAAAACCUGUUCAACUGGAAGGGAUUGGUGCGCCUCCGCGGCCUUUCGGAUAAGCAUACUUACAAAAAAAGAGAUAUUUGGAAAUUCGCUCUCUGUCACGUGACCCUGAACUCCUCACGUGUGAGUGUGCGUGUGUUGCGUUCACGGACCUGGUCAGAAAACAAACUCAGCUCCAGCGAGGAACCCCCCUGCCUCUGGUUACACCCUGUUGUUGUUGUGGUAGUGAUGAGUAGUAACGAGUGUUUCGGCUGCGGCCGCAGUGGCCACUGGCAGAAGGAUUGUCCGCACGCUGCUGGCCGGGGACGGGGCAAAGGCCGUGGCAGAGGCAAAGAUCUCAUCUGUUUUCGUUGUGGAGUAAAUGGACACCUGGCCAGAGACUGUGCGAAGACAGAGGACGCCUGUUACAACUGUGGCAAAGGAGGUCACAUCUCCAGAGACUGUCAGGAGCCAAAGAAGGAGCGCGACCAUGUGUGCUACAACUGUGGACAGGCCGGUCACAUGGCACGUGACUGUAACCACGCCCACGAGCAAAAGUGCUACACCUGUGGUGGCUUUGGUCACAUCCAGAAAUGCUGUGAGAAGGUCAAGUGCUACAGGUGCAGGGAGAUCGGCCAUGUUGCGGUGCAGUGCAGCAAGACGUUAAACUGCUACAACUGUGGGAAGUCGGGUCACCUGGCCAAGGAGUGUACGAUUGAAGCCAGCACCUAGCUGCCACGCCCCCUCUGAUCCCUUUCCUCCUGUGGUUGGUCCAGCAGCCUCUUGGUCACCUUUUACAGCAGGCAAUUGGAGGAAGAUGGGGCAGGGGGCAGGGCAGAUAUCUGCGACUUUACAAGAAUAAAGAGAAUCUGUGUGUUUAGUCAUCAUCUGCAAACGUUCAGGGAGUGGCAGGAAAAGUUUGGCCCCUCCCCUCUGUCCUUAGUGGGAGGGUCUUCAUUAAUGGAAAAAAUAAACGGAAGAUUUACCUUCCAGCAUUAACUUUAUUAUGUUCUUAACUUCAUCCAUCUUGGUCUGGAUUGGAUGCAAACAGCCAAUCACGUCAGAACAAACAAGCCAAUCAGAACAGCAGCAGUGUAAUUUAUUUUGCAGACCACAGGGGAGCACCACCUGACACAUACAAAACUAACAGUAAUGAAUGGGAUUAAAGGCUUUUUAACAAAAAAACAUUUAAGUUUCAGUUUGAGUAACAAAUGUUUUCACACAAAAAAAAAAAUCCAAAAGUUAUUUUUGUACAAUAAAUCACGUAGACUGUCAACUGUACGUUUAACCUGAUAAUAAAAGGUCCUGGAGGAGGAGGAGGAGCUGAGACACUGGCCUGGUCUCUUUAUUUCAUCUAGAAACAACACUAACGACAGAAGCCGUGACACUGUAUGUGAAUAAAAACCAUCUUAAAAAGUCCAGCUGGUGACAGAUGACGAAUAAAGUUAUUGUUAUUUUGAAUCAAA